GUUCCUGGCCGUUGGUUUCAAUGUUUCUUCUUCCAACUCAAUGACCAACCUCACAGGCCCCUUUUCCUAACACCUAUUUCCCCCCGAGUCUCCCGCACUCACCCCAAUUCUCUCGAACGGAGCUUUUCGAUAUUACUUUUUAAGCUUCGUUGCAAAUCUAGCGGGCGGUCCAGAAUCCAGGAACCCGUGAAGGAUCAAACCUUGGUCCAACGCAGCAAUACGAAUAUUCGUAUCUACUCAUCGGAACUCUCUGUCGCACCACACGCCAAGUCAGUCUCCCACCUACCGGUACCCAAUCAGGAAUUUGAAGCAAUGGCACGCCAGGGCAACGUAAAAACGGCCUCAUCUGGCUCGGCCGCGGCGAUGGGCUCGUCCGCCACAGAUCCCUCGUCCGCACCCUCCCCGCGCGACCGCAUCAUGACGCACAUGAACCGCGACCACCAGCGCGAGCUCUCCCUCUACCUGCGCCACUACGCCGGCCUCAGCCGCUCCGCCGCCUCGUCGCCGUGGCUCAAGGACUGCACGUUCGAAGGCAUGACCAUCGCGGCCGGCGGUCUCGGCGGCAAGGAGUUCUUCAUCGAGUUCAAGCCGGCCCUCACGGCGUGGGAGGACGUGCGGCCCGCCGUCGUGGAGAUGGCGCGCGCGUCGCAGCAGGCGCUGGGGUACAGCGACAUCACCGUCGGGCACUUUGCGCCGCCGCAGGGCUUUGACGUGGUUGUGUUUGGGGCCGUUGCGUUCUACUUUGUCUGCUGGCUCACGCUUGGGUUUGUGCUGCCCGGUACGCCGAUCUGGUCCUUCCUCCAAACCGCGUUCCCCGGCGGUCCGAGGUUUUAUCGGUGGUUGGUCAAGGCCAUCUUCCUGCCCGUGUUGGGAAUCCACCUGAGCGAGUGCUAUUGGUUCCACCGUACGAGGCUUCAGAGGCACGGCAUCGAAUUCGGAACUACUUUGUGGUGGACAUGGAUCGGAAGUUUGUUCUUUGAGGGACUGCCUGGCUUCUGGAGGUUCGAUGGCAUUGUCGCGGCUAAGAGACAGGAGAAGGAGAGCAAGAGCCACUGAGUCUCUUUCGUGGAAUAGGCUUUUUCGAGGCGAGGAUAGAUCCUCCGGGUGGAAUCAGGUGGCUCCAUACGACCCCCGACUUGCGAGACGACCAGGGAGGCCAACAUGGCAAAUCGGUAUGACCGCGGGCAGUGUUUUGAGAUCCAAAUCGUCUCUCUUCACAUGAGCAGUCACAGUAUCCGCAGUAUGAGAUUCACGCAGAUGGCUAGGGUGAGCGGCGGAAGAAUGGAGAUCUAUCUCAGAGUCAGCUGGCUCUAUUGAUGAGUGUAAUGUUAAUUGAUGAAACGCCCGAACGCACCUGCCUGUUGCAAAGUGAGAACUCAUCGAAGAGGCACUUAUUUCCGGACACGAUCAAUUCAUGGUGAAAUCAUCGUGUUUGCACAAACAUGACAGCUGUGAGAAUAUGACGGCGAUCGAAAUUCCUUGCUGC